AUGUCGAGAGUGCAAGGCCCAACUCCCAUGGCUGUAAACAACUUAACAAAUAUCCCUGCCCCCACCUCACUAUCUCAGCAACAACAACAGCGCCCUUCAACAUCGACACAUGAUGACAAUUCCACUAUCGUCGGACUACAUUAUAGAAUAGGGAAGAAAAUUGGGGAAGGUUCAUUCGGUGUGCUUUUUGAAGGUAUCAACAUGAUUAAUGGGACCCCCGUCGCCAUUAAGUUCGAACCUAGAAAGACGGAAGCCCCACAAUUGAAAGAUGAAUAUAGAACUUACAAGAUCCUUGCAGGAACACCAAAUAUACCAUUGGCUUAUUAUUUCGGUCAAGAAGGCCUGCAUAAUAUCUUAGUUAUUGAUUUAUUGGGACCAUCAUUGGAAGAUUUAUUCGAUUGGUGUAAUAGACGUUUUUCCGUAAAGACCGUGGUUCAGGUGGCAGUGCAAAUGAUCACUUUGAUCGAAGAUUUACAUGCUAAUGAUUUGAUUUAUAGAGAUAUUAAACCAGAUAAUUUCUUAAUUGGGAGACCUGGUCAACCGGAUGAAAAUUUCAUUCAUUUAAUCGAUUUUGGGAUGGCUAAACAAUAUAGAGACCCAAAGACUAAACAACAUAUCCCAUAUCGUGAAAAGAAAUCAUUGAGCGGUACUGCAAGAUAUAUGUCCAUUAAUACCCAUUUAGGAAGAGAACAAUCAAGAAGAGAUGAUAUGGAAGCAUUGGGUCAUGUAUUUUUCUAUUUCUUAAGAGGUCAAUUGCCAUGGCAAGGUCUAAAGGCUCCAAAUAAUAAACAAAAAUACGAAAGAAUUGGAGAAAAGAAGAGAACAACUAAUGUUUAUGAUUUAGCUCAAGGUUUACCAGUUCAAUUUGCUCGUUAUUUGGAAGUCGUAAGGAAUUUAUCAUUUGAAGAAACUCCAGAUUAUCGUGGUUAUCGUGAAUUGUUACUAUCAUCGUUGGAUGAUUUAGGACAAUCUGCUGAUGGUGAAUAUGAUUGGAUGAAAUUGAAUGGUGGUAAAGGUUGGGAUUUAAACAUUAAUAAGAAACCUAAUCUACAUGGAUAUGGACAUCCAACACCACCAAAUGAAAAAUCAAGAAGACAUAGAACCAAUAACAACAAUAAUAAGGUCAAUGCACCAGUGAAUCAAUUAUCACCUCAUCAAUUACAACAACAGCAAUUGCAUUUACAACAACAGCAGAUGCAAAUGCAACAACAACAACUUCAAAUGCAACAGAUAUCAAGUCAAGGACAGGGACAUCCAUCCAUGCAACCACUAAGGAGUAUAAAUCCACCACAACAAGAGGCAUCCAAGAAAUUGGAUCCAAGUUCAUACGAAGCAUAUCAACAACAAGUUCAACAAAAAUACUCCCAGCAACAAGAUAAGACGAGACAGAAUAACGCUGCCAAUCAAAAUAAUUAUCAUGUAAAUGCCAAUCCAAAUACAAACCAAUAUGCAUCUCAACAAGAGCCAAUGAAUAAUCUACAUCAACAAGCACAACCUCAACAAGGGAAAAACAACCAAAUGCAACAAACUGCAGAUGAUGCUUCUAGUGAAUCCGGGAAGGGAUUUUUCAGUAAAUUAGGAUGCUGUUAG